GGGGGUUGGGAAGAUGGCGGCUCCCAGCCUCCUCAACUGGAGGCGGGUUUCUUCCUUCACGGGGCCGGUCCCCCGCGCCCGGCACGGACACCGGGCCGUGGCCAUCCGGGAGCUGAUGAUCAUCUUCGGUGGCGGCAACGAGGGCAUCGCGGACGAGCUGCACGUCUACAACACGGUUACAAAUCAGUGGUUCCUACCAGCUGUUAGAGGAGACAUCCCUCCAGGCUGUGCUGCCCAUGGAUUUGUCUGUGAUGGUACCAGAAUAUUAGUAUUUGGGGGAAUGGUUGAAUAUGGAAGAUACAGCAAUGAGUUAUAUGAGUUACAAGCAAGUCGUUGGUUAUGGAAAAAAGUGAAACCCCAUGCCCCUUCUUCUGGUUUACCUCCUUGUCCUCGGCUUGGACAUAGCUUUUCUUUGUAUGGUAACAAAUGCUAUUUGUUUGGUGGCCUGGCAAAUGAAAGUGAAGAUUCAAAUAAUAAUGUUCCCAGAUAUUUAAAUGAUUUCUAUGAAUUGGAGCUACAGCAUGGUUCUGGUGUUGUGGGUUGGAGCAUUCCAGUGACUAAAGGGAUUGUGCCUUCUCCAAGAGAAUCUCACACAGCUGUUAUAUAUUGCAAAAAAGAUUCUGGGAGUCCUAAAAUGUAUGUUUUUGGUGGAAUGUGUGGUGCUCGCCUGGAUGACCUAUGGCAACUUGACUUAGAAACUAUGUCAUGGUCAAAACCAGAAACUAAAGGGACAGUGCCACUUCCACGAAGCCUUCACACAGCCAGUGUUAUAGGAAACAAGAUGUACAUUUUUGGAGGAUGGGUUCCACAUAAGGGGGAAAAUAUUGAGGCUUCAUCUCAAGAUUGUGAAUGGAAAUGUACCAGUUCAUUUUCUUACCUAAAUCUGGAUACAGCAGAGUGGACCACCCUAGUAUCAGAUUCUCAGGAAGAUAAAAAAAAUUCAAGACCAAGACCAAGAGCUGGGCACUGUGCUGUUGCAAUUGGCACACGAUUGUAUUUUUGGAGUGGAAGAGAUGGCUACAGAAAAGCACUGAAUAGUCAAGUUUGCUGCAAGGAUCUUUGGUAUCUUGAUACUGGUAGAUGCAUCAGAUGUUCUAUCAAAUUUCAUCAUCUUGAAGAGAUUACUUCUGCUUCAAUCUGGGUGAUUGCUCUCCACAGAUUGAGCACAGCUAUCAUCUUGGAGUCUCCCUUCAGCAUCCUCCUGGGGAUAUGUUUUGCCUCUCACUUGUACCGGAUUUCCUGUUUCCUGGAUCCUGUGUUUUUCCCUAUCUUAGUUUAUGUCCUCAUUUUUUGUGGAACACAUCCAGGAAAAGGGUGCAUAGAGAAACCACCAGCCCCAUCACAAGUACAACUGAUCAAAGCCACUACCAACUCUUUUCAUGUCAAAUGGGAUGAAGUGCCUACAGUUGAGGGCUAUCUUUUGCAGUUGAAUACCGACUUGCCAUACCAAGCUACAUCGUCAGAUUCUUCAGCAGCAACAAAUAUGCAAGGAGUCAGGAUGGACCCUCACAGACAGGACAGUAAUAGCAUCAUUCCUAACAGUAUCAAUGAUAUAAUGAACAGUGCAAAAACUGAACAUACAGCUAUGAAAGUAACUUCAGUGAAAAACAAACCAGAUCUCAAAUCAUCAACUGAUUCUAAUGCUGUUUUACAUUCACCUUUGGCAACUAAUGCUUCUAAUCAUAAUAGUUGUAUGGUGGAUAUGCUAAGGAAAAAUGAAGGUCCUCACACUUCAGCAAAUAUAGGUGUUUUAAGUAGUUGCCUGGACUUAAGAACAGUAAUUCCUGAAACUUCUGUAUCCAGUACUGUUUGCAGCGCACAAACUAUGGUAACCCAGCAGGCCAUUAAAACUGAAUCAUCCAGUACAAAUGGGGCAGUUGUUAAAGAUGAAACUUCACUAACAACAUUCAGUACCAAAUCUGAAGUUGAUGAAACCUGUGCAUUGCCUGCAACUAAGAUCAGCCGUGUGGAGACACAUGCUGCAGCAAUGCCGUUUUCUAAAGAGACUCCUUCAAAUCCAGUGACUACAACGAAAGCAGGAGAACGACAAUGGUGUGAUGUAGGAAUUUUUAAAAAUAACACAGCGUUGGUGAGCCAGUUUUAUUUGCUGCCAAAAGGGAAUCAAAGCAUUUCAAAGAUAGGAAAUGCAGACGUACCUGACUACAGUUUACUUAAGAAACAAGAUCUUGUUCCAGGCACAGGAUACAGAUUCAGGGUUGCUGCUAUCAAUGGUUGUGGAAUAGGCCCUUUCAGCAAAAUCAGUGAAUUUAAAACUUGUAUUCCUGGUUUUCCUGGAGCUCCUUCUGCAGUCAGAAUUUCAAAGAAUGUUGAGGGUAUCCAUCUUUCCUGGGAACCUCCAACUUCACCUUCUGGAAAUAUUUUGGAAUAUUCAGCCUACUUGGCAAUCCGCACAGCACAAAUACAAGAUAAUCCAAGUCAACUUGUUUUUAUGAGGAUUUAUUGUGGUCUUAAGACAUCAUGUAUAGUGACCACUGGGCAACUUGCAAAUGCACAUAUUGAUUAUACAUCCAGACCUGCCAUUGUGUUCAGGAUAUCAGCAAAGAAUGAAAAGGGAUAUGGACCAGCUACACAAGUUCGAUGGCUUCAAGAUUCAGGUCAAAUUUUGCCAACCUUAUGAAAUGAAGCCUUUCCUGACACUCCAUUUCCAGGUAGAUUCUACUCCUUCUUCUUGUACCCCCACUGCCCUUUGUUAAAUCUUCUGUCACAGCCGCCUCUAGACUGUGUGCUCUAUUUGUUAGAAUUGUUCCUCUCCCUCUGCCAGGUGGUAGAUCUCUGAGGCGGAGACUGGGUCCUUUUGUCUCUCCCAUAUUACCCACUUAGCUGGUACUUAAAUAUUUCAACAAAUUAUUACAGAAAAUUGUCACCUUUAUAUCUCUUCAUACUCUCACUCCCUUUUAUCAAGUUGGAGUUAAAAGGGGAGGGAGGCUUUGAAAGGGAAAGAGUUUUUAGCAGAUUUAAUAAGGCUUUGGAGGAAAUGAAGACUCCAGCUUCGUCUUCCCCUGUCCUGCUAUUAUUACUUAGGUUCCUGAGAGAAGUUACGGGAUAAAUAAGGGAUAUGUCCCAUAUUUACUAGGCUAAAAGGAGUUUAAUGUAAGUGUGCAUGGAUCUCAUGAGGAAGCCUUUGGUCUAAAAGAUCUCAGCAUUUAGUGUGAAACCAGUGGGCAUUGCUGGAAUAUGAUUUUAAACAUUGGAUGAUCAGGAAAAUGAGCUAAAAAUAUUUUCAAAGUUAAUUUCCCUGUUUCCCUAUAGGAAAGCCAUGGGUAGUUGUCUAACAUUAGAAAAAGCUACCUAUUGUUAAUAUUUAAGCACAGGGAACUGCUGGAGGAUGUGGAACACCAGCAUUAGAGCCACACUGGAUUCCGUUACAUUUCCAGUCAGGUCACUUUGUCACCUCUGAGCUUGUGGGACCAAGGAUUCUUACACUACUGGAGAACAAAAUAACAUUGGCACACCUUCCUUCCAAGUUUCCCAGGUGUAGUUGGGAAUCCCCAUACUUAUAUAUUCUUAUGAUCAGGAAAAGACUUUUUUAUCAGGCGUGGAAAAACAUGAACUACAACAUUCUGCGUAGAAACAAUAAUUUCUAUAAACUGAAUGAAGAAAGAAAGGCUAUAAAAUUCAAGGAUAUCAGCCUCGUUAAAAAUAGAUUAUUUUAUUAAUAUCCAUUUACUUCUUUUCCAACCUCUAAAGAACUAAAAUUAGGAAAAUGUCCACUUGUGUGACUAUUCCUCUCAGCCCAGACAUCUGAAAAUGAGUAUGUUGAAGGUUCUUUUGUUUUGCAUAGUUGGUAUCUUGCAUAACUUGAUUUGAGCAAGAAGCUUGUACUUAAAGUUCAUGAAAUUCACAGUCUGACUACUGUGCAGUACUUCAAAUUCAAAAGUCUUGAGAAUACAGGAUUAUGAAGCCUUUGGCUUUGGAUAGAGAGAAGGGUAGGAAGUCAUAGAGUGAGGCUGUGGAGGGAACAGAAGGAUUUCCUAUUUCCUGAUUUGAUUUGCUAGUUCAGCAAAAAGUCUUUGCAGGAUGCUCAGAGAUGUCAGGGUGUUUACAUACAACCUCUGAAGGUGCAAAAAAUAUGGAUUGGAAGCAUGUCAGAUAUGAAAGCUGUAGUAGAGAAGGAAAUGGUCCCUCAUCUACCCACUCCCCCUUCCUGGUCUCCUUACCACCCAGAGACAAGAAGCUGAAGACUUCAUUCCUUACUCAGCAUGAGAAUUGAGAAGGUACAAAAAGAACCCUCUGUAUCGGAGCAUACACACGUUAAAAAUAAAAGGUAGCAGCUGGUAUUUGUUUCUGAACAUAGAGUUAACUCUUCCCACUAGCAAAUCAUGGUCCAAAAGGUGUCCAGCUCUGACCAAGAGGAUUAUCCGUUCCUCCUCCUAUCUGGGGAGAUAGAAUGGAAGUUCCCUAAGCACUUGAGAAAGGUUCCCUCCUACUUUCUCUGUUUCUUAUAGGAGACGGAGGAAAAAGCUACAGGUGUGAUAAUUACCAUCCAGUAUAACAAAGGUGUGCGUGUGCCACUCGUGGCUGCAUAGCACGUGAGAGAGUGGGCAUUGUUCUGAAGGUCCAACUAACUGCUCGAUCCAAAAUCAUUUUGCUCUCAGUUGCAGGCUAACACCCCCUGGUGGCAUUGUCCAUGCCAGCUUAAAUAUGGGUAGGAUUUGGGUCUUGUAGCCACCUGAGAUUUUUUAAAUGGCAACAGCAAUGUCUGGAACUUUCUGAUGAGUUGGACCUGGGGAAUCUACUUCCUACUUCCCCAUUUCCUGGGAGUGGUUUGCCAGCCAUUUACUGCUGGGCUUAGUCUACCUCUUGCACCAACUCCCUAACUCAAGAUAAUACCUUUAGCCUGCCCUGUUUGGGUAUAGGGAAUAUAUAGUUUUAAGAUCUUUUUCUCAAAUUUUUACAUAGUAUACUGAAAUUGGUAGCUAAUAGCCUGAAUCAGGAGAAGACAUUGUACCUUAACUGUAUCUUGUUUGAUCUGCAAAGUAUCACUGCCAUUGAUGAACUUGACAAAGAUAAGAUUUCAAAAUUGUUUAUGACAUCUGAGUGAUCAGCUUGGCACCUACGACUGAUCGAUGUGGACAAACUGUCAAUAGCUAUGCACUUUCCAUGUUUUUUUAUUACUUAACAAAUAAAUGCAUUAUUAGAAGAAUGUGCCAAAGAGAAUUUGUGCUUUUGAAAGUCAACUGAAUUCAGUAAAGAGACGGUGUCCUUCUCAGCUUAUUUUGGAAUUUGCAUCAUCUAUCAUUUCAUUCUCACUUUAUUCAAAUAAUUAUACCCAGUGUACAAAAUAACCAGUUAACCAGAAUUAUGCUAGUGACUCUGAGUCUGGCACUGCUUAUAAUACCUCGUAGGAUCCUGAUCCUAUGGGAACUCAGUUAACUUCUAUAAGAAAUAGCCCAUGCUCAUUCCUUUUCUCAUAUUAUCAUGCACUUCUUCCCCACCAGUUACCAUAAUUGGUUAAUUUGCAGUGCACAGAAGUGGCUGAAAUAUUGGGGAGAUGUUCCCUCUCUUUGUUGAUGAAAUUAUAUAUUAUAUAACCUUAUGCCAUUUUUCUUUUAUAUGUUUUGUGGAAUAAAUGAUCAUGCAUAUGGUCAACCAGCAGCUUAAGAACUAGAACAUUCUCAGAUGCCUAGAGUCCUCCGUUUGUCCUCUCUUCACACACACCACGUGAGGCAAACAUUAUUCUGGAUUUUUUUGUUAAUAAUUCCAUGUUUUUAUUUAUGGUUCUACCAUCUAUGUCUGUAUCCCUAAUAUGUUGUUUAGAUUUACCUGUUUCUGAACUGUUAUGUAAGUGGCAUUAUGCAGUAUGUAUUCUUCUGUGACUUUUUUUGACAAUUGUUUUUGAGAUUCCAUCCAUGUUUAUACAUGUAACUGUAUUUCAUUUGUUUUCACUGCUGUAUAGUAUUCCAUUACCUGCCUAUACCAUAAUUUAUCUGUUCUGUUCAUGGAGAUUUGGGUUUCCAGUUUUUAGUUGUUAUGAAUAACGCUGCUAUGAACAUUCUGCCAAUUAUAAUGUAAACUCUGUGCGGGCAGGGGUUUGUCUGUUUUGCCCAUUUAGACAUUCACAACGUCUAGAACAAUGCCUGGCACAUGGUAGAUGCUCCACAUCUAUUUGAGGAAUGAAUGAAUUUUUGAACAUGUAUCCUGGUGGCACAUGCUCAAGAGUUGCUCUUAGCAGUUGUUUUCAAAGUGUCGUCCAGGGACCUCUAAGGGUCCCUGAGCCCCUUUCAGGGGGUCUCUGAGGACAAAACUAUUUUCAUAAAAUCCUAAGACAUUAUUUGUCCUUUUCACUCUCAUUCUUCAUGAGUUUAAAUGUUUUCCAGAGUUAUGAUGACAUCAUCACACCGAUAGCUAAUCAAGUAUGUACCUGUGUAUUUUUGUGUUUUGAAAAUGUCUCUUAAUUUCUAAUACGGCAAAUAUUUAUAAAUAUAACCCACACGAACAACAGCAAUUUGAGAUCAUCAGUAAUUGUUAAGGAUGUAAAGAGGCCCUAAGACCAAAAAUUUGAGAACCGCUGCUCUAAGAAGCAGGUUUUACUUGGCCAUGCGGAACUGUCUGGUAAAGCAUUUGUACCCGUUUACACUCCCACUGGCAGUGGUUGAGUGGCAUUGCUCCACGUCUUAGCAAACUCGUGGUCUUGACUGUCUUUUAUACUCGUCAAUUGGAUAGCUAUUAUAUUGUGUCUUACUGUGGGUUUCAUUCAAAUUUCCCUGGUUAUUAAUGAAAUUUAGUUUUUUCCCCCCGUAUGUAAACAUGUUUCCUUUUCUGUGAAAUUAGUUUUUUCCCAUAUAUAAAAAUGUUUUCAUGUCUUUUGCCCAUU